GUGACGAUUCCGUUUUAAAAAUAUCGCUAUCAUUUUGUUCGAGAAAACUUUUAUAAACCAGAGGAAUCGAAAAUUAUAGUCAGUCAUGAUGUUGAAGUGCUUCAUUUUUUCAUUGCUUUGUUUGCUGUUGGUGUAUACUACAAAAGCUGACACAAAAUGUAACCUGAGAGCUAUCUUCAAAACUCCAAGAAGGAGCAACUAUGAUGAAUUCGAGCUGAUGGAAAGGUCCAGUUUCUUGAGCGAAGAUCCAAAGAUACGACCUGCCGAACCGAACAUUCCAAACACGUACUCCAACGCUCGAGUUCUUCUAAGGCUUGGAGAUUAUAAAAAUGCCGUCAAGAAGAAUAACAAUAACGUCAACACCAAAAUAACCCUUGCUGGUCCCAACCACAACAAUUAUUAUCAACCCCCAUUCGUUCAUCCUUAUUAUCCACCAGUAGUCCCUUCAAUGGGAUAUCCCUGGAACUAUUAUUACCCUUCUCCCAGAAUCCCACAAUACACCCCUCAAUACUACGUUAUUAACACCCCAAAAUACUUGCCUCAGUAUCCAGUUCCUCCACCAAAUGCUCCCGUACUAAGUCCAUAUAAUAUUUCCCCACCACAACCUUCACACAAACCAAAACUGGUGAUAAAUGAUCCUGUCCUCCCUGUCAGCUCUGUGAUACAACACAUUCCAAUUGCUUCGAUUCAACCCAAAAGCUCAGCAUCAAAUGGAUUGAACACGAUGACCGUUAUUCCCAAAAUCCUCCUAGAUUCUAUAUCUAAACCAACUUCUGUGAAUGAUAAAAUGGAAAACGAAAAAUUGUCAGAGCCUGCUAAUUCACUUCCUGAGAACAUAACGAACAUCCAACCAUCUACUGAAGAUUCGAAAAGCGAUAGUAAAGAACCCGUCAUACAAGAGGAUAGUAAAAUACAAGAUUUAAAAAUUGAAGGAAUUCAGAUUAACACUCAAAAUGCAACACCAGAGGUACCAGUACUUGUAGAAUUUUCUCCAGAACUCGUUCAAAAUAUACCCAAAGAGGUAGCAAAUAUUGGGAUUGUGGAUCUAUCAGCUGUUAACCCAGAGCCUUUACCCUCAAAUAACAAUUUGAACGAACCACAUGUCGGUGAUGCAAUCAAUAAAGCUACCGAUGAGGACGCAAAUCGAGAUAAUUUUCAAAUUAUUGAACUUUCACCUUUGAAUUCGAAUACUGUGCCAUCAGACAGUAACUUGAAUGUACCAGAUGUUGAUAAUUCGAUAAAUACCCCUGUUGAAGAAAAGAAAGAACCUGAUGUGGUAGUUGAACAGGAAAUACAUCUCUCAGAUCCUAUACCAGAACCACCUAUAGAACCUAUUCAGCCUGAGACACUGCCAGAGGAUACUUCUAUACAUAACAUGAACCAUCCACGCGUGCUUCAUCCUGUCACACUCUCCAACAAUAUAGAAAAUGUGGAAAUAGUAGGCGCAGGCAAUGUCAACAUUAGUUUGAAUGGAAAUGCUAGACCUACUAUUGAAAAUUGCACCAAUACUAAAGACUUCGAGCUUGUAAACCUUCUGCAAAAAUCUUUGGUACCUUUUAUCAACUUGAAAACCAACGAGGAACCCAAACUUUUGGUCAGUUAUCCAGUCAUCAACAAUGUCGAUAAAAACAUUCCUGAUCAUCCUUCAGCUAUUAUUGUGGAGUCAUUAAGGAGAGAACCAACAUUCUGUGCUGGUUGUGCUGAUUGUGGAAAGUCCAAGAAGAAAGAUGUUGAUAUCGAUAAUUUGAACAUAUUCAAAAUUGCUUCGAUGAUGCCUCAAGUGUUUUCAGAUAUUCACGAAUCUUCUAGUGGUUUUUCACUUUCCUCAUCCUCGGCAUCACAGUCUGUACCUUCAUUUAAUGUUGAACCAAAAACAGUGGUUAGUGGAUAUUCAAUUUCGUCUGCUUCUGGAUACUACGAAGAUCCUUCAAAGAGGAUUGUUUACCAGAAACCGACAGAAAUAACUGUAGUGCCUCCCCAAAUAACAGAAAAUAUUCCUCAUCUCAGUCAACCUACUUUGGUUCCUCAUCAUCCAAUUUACUCGUCUCCAGCACAAGAAAUAAUACCGCUAACUUCAAGACGUUAUGCACAACCAAGACCACAACCACAAAUUAUAGAAAGAUCGAAAUUGGUCGAUCUCUUGAAAUAUCUCCUUUCAGAAGUUACUUCUGCUCCGUCAACAUAUUCAAAACCAAAUGUAUGUCCUUACUGCGCUAAUGUGAUAAGGGUACCAACAGUAGUGAGGUGCCCACAUUGCUCGAACUAUCAUGACGUAUCAAGAGCUUAUUCCUAUCCCGAGAUACAGAGAAAUUUCUGUCCACAUUGUAUGGCUCACAGUCAAAUGGCUCAACUUUGGAAUCCACCAAGACUUCAUCAAAGAUGCCCUUAUUGUGCCAAAUAUAGAGGUGAACUCAAUCAACUCGGCUGAAAUAUGGGAAUUAUAUAAUAAACAGAUUUGAAACCUGGAAAAUUGGUCAGUUGUAAUAUUAGAGUAGAGUAGUUCAUGUAAUGCAGCUUUUGAAGUUAUGAAAAAAAUAGAAUUUGAAAAUGAA